GCACGCGAGGAGCUUGCCGGAUGUUUAUCGGGCCACAUGUUGCUACUCAGGUAUCAGAGCAGAUUUCUGUUGAUAUAGUUUGUGGAAAGUUGAAGAAAACCUCUGUGGCUUGAAUCAGGAUGUCGGCGUCGAUGAUCAGGAGAGGACUCGAGCUGUUGAGCAGUGACAUUAAAGAUGUCAGCAAAGUGAAAAAGAAGAAGCAGCAGACCCCCAGCUCAGCCACAGUGAUGGAGCUGGUGAGCACCAAGCGGCAGGGAGUUACCAAGCAGGUCAAAAGGCUGCAGGGCCGCCUUGGUCCUGGCAAGAGCAAGGCCACUGUUAAAGACAAGAGGAUCAAGUCUGCAGUAGAGGAAUUCAGGAAGAAGCAGGGAAAGAGCCAUUUGAGUGAUAACCUCAAAUACUUUAUGGAAGCUGGCCGUAAAGCAACGGAUUCUGACACACUGAAGAUCCUGAACCAUAAUACAGGGAGGCAGUCCAGAAACCGUCGAGACAGGCCUGCAAAGAAAGCCAAAGAGACACAGUCUGUGUUCACAGAGGAGGAGUUCCAGCAGUUUCAGAAGGAAUACUUUGGCAGGACUGUUGAGGAUGAGAAAUGAAACACACCCAGAUACAAAGAGACUGCAGUCACAGUGGAAGCUCCAGGGCUGCGUCUGGAGGUUCAAAGUGGAUUUCUGGACCAGACUGUGUUCUGAAAAUUGGUUUUGAUUCAUGUUUGCUACACACGUACAGUUUUAAUAUGUAUUGUUUUUAGGGUUUUGUUUUCCUACUGAAGCCGUCAGUAUGACUAAUGUGUGUCCGUUCUGAACAAACCGCAGGUUACAGUUCACACUUUAUCAGUUAUAGUUUUAGAAAUGACUGGAACUGACUGAGAGACCUCACACGAGUCACCUUUUCAUGCUUUGUGAACUACAGAUAAGAUGCAACUCAUGUUCAUGGCUUAACAACCAGCAGAAGUAGUAAAGAGAUAUUACUAUGUCAAAGAGAGAACUACUAUCAACAUGGCUUUUCUGUUUCUCACUUCUUUUCUUUUGAGAUCUUCUGAGGCUUAUUGAGAUUGAGUUAUUUUUGCAAUAAAAAGCCUAAUUCUGGACGUAAA